UUAUUUCUGCCAUGGUUUAUGUUGCUGUUAUUUGUGUAUCAGCUGCAGCCUCUCUGUAUGCAUUGGGUGGUGCAUUCUUCUUUGUCAGGCUAGAAUCUGUUCUCUGUUUCAUUGAACUAGAAGAGGAAAGAAGGAAACAGCAAGGAAAUAAGAACAGGCUCUUAAUGCUUGAGAUGUCCUGAUGCAUGAAAGCCUGGGUUUUUUGGCUUCCUGGAGAAAUAGUAGAAAAUGCAAAACAACGAAAUAAUAAAGCCUGCUAAGUACUUCUCAGAAGUGGAAAAGAGUGUGCUGCUUGCAUUAGUUGAAAAAUACAAAUAUGUACUUGAGUGUAAAAAAAGCGAUGCAAGAACUAUUGCGUUGAAACAACGUACUUGGCAAGCGCUUGCCCAUGAAUAUAAUUCUCAACCUAGUGUAUCACUACGAGAUUUCAAGCAGUUAAAGAAAUGCUGGGAAAAUAUCAAGGCACGGACAAAAAAGAUAAUGGCACAUGAAAGACGGGAGAAAGUAAAAAGAAGUAUUAGUCCACUUAUAAAUACUCACAUAAUAGGGAAAGAGAAGAUUGCCAGCAUGAUGCCUGAGCAAAUGUACUUUUUACAGAGUCCACCAGAAGAAGAUUCUGAAUAUCAACCUGAUGCUUCUAAUCAAGAGUCAUUUUCUGUCUCAAACAGAGAACUGUGUGAUGAAGAGAAAGAGAUAGUACAUUUCCCAAUAUGUGAAGGCACCUCCCAACCUGAGCCCUCAUGUUCAGCUGUCAGAAUAACAGCGAAUAAAAACUAUCGAAGUAAAGCCACUCAAGAGGGAGCUUUGAAAAAGAUGCAUGAGGAAGAGCAUCACCAGCAAAUGUCAAUUUUACAACUGCAGCUGAUACAAAUGAAUGAAGUGCAUGUGGCAAAAAUACAACAGAUAGAACGGGAGUGUGAGAUGGCUGAAGAGGAACACAGGAUAAAAAUGGAAGUGCUAAAUAAAAAGAAAAUGUAUUGGGAGAGAAAACUGCAAACCAUCACAAAAGAAUGGCCUGUAUCAUCCUUUAACAGACCCUUUCCUAAUUCACCCUAGAAUUUAUGGUGGGCCGAGAAAAUCUGGUUGAGCACAUUGUUACUAAGGUGUAUUGGCAAGAGGGUCUAUUAAAAUUAAUGUAGUGUGACAGAAUGGAUGUUCAGUCAAUAGUGAACAUGUUUGGACUCUUUGAUACCAUCUAGGAAUACAGAUUGGAUGAGUCUAAUAAUGGAAAGUUCUAUAGUUCAUUUGUGGGUGAGCGCUGAAAGUAAAUUGUCUCUUCUUUGAGUUUCAGAUAUGCUCACAAUUCACAAGUACUACUGUGCAUAACGUUUGUUCCUCUCUCAAGUUCCAACCACUGUUUUUAAAUCUAGGAAGUUCCUAUAGAGUAGACACACCUGAAAUUUGAGUAUGUUUUAAAACUUCGGCUUUACAACUUUACACUUUAAAUUAAAUUGCUUGUUUUCUAGCCCUUUCCUCCAUUUCCUGGUUGAAGGCGGGAGUUGGAGUCAUUCUUUGUUCUCACACUGAGCACCGCAGAUAUUUGACAGGCAGUAACCCAAUUGCUAUACAGGGACACAGAGGAAAUCCCCUCCCCCUUUCUUUUUUUAUUAUUAUUUUAUUUAUUAUUCCUUCUCUGCAGCAGGUAAGUGAAAAUGAAGGAGCGGUGAGGAGACAAGAGGACCAUUCUAGUAGGUAAUUUGCAGGGAAAGGAAAUCAAAACCUCCAACCAGCUGGCUGAUUGAGACGAUGAUUGGACACUGGCCUGCUAGCUGCCAGGGCCAUAACUGUUGGAAAGAGGGAAAGAAGAGGAUAUUUUCCCAGAAGCAGCUACCUCUGGCUGUCCUCUCUCAGUCCUAUCCUAUCACCCAGACGUAUAUAUGCAGGAACUAGAAAUAUGUGAGGGAAGCAUGCUACUGAAGCUGCUAGAGAAAGAAGCCAGCCCCUUAACUGCACUGUACACCUGACAUCAUUCUGUGGAUAAAAGCUUUGCUGCUGCUUCAUGUAGUUCUUAAGAAGCAGCUGGCUGGCUAUCUUGCCAACAAGCAAUUCCUCCCAGCAACCAGCUAAUGGAUUUAGAUCUUGCUCCUUAUUAGAAGUGAGGUCAGUUGUGGAUCCUGUUCUUUUCUCACCAACUCAGCAUACUUAUAGAGGUAAAGGCAGAUUUUCACUUGGUGCAGUGCCCUAUACCUGUGAAUUCUGUCUGCUUGGCUGUGUCCCACACAUCAGCCCAGAGACACCCUGCCUCUGCUAUCAACCAGGGAUUCCUGUUGUCUUUAUUUACUUAUAUGUAUCAGAAUAGCACCAAGAGGCCUCAACAGAAACCCGUGCCCUCUUGUGCUAGGUGCUACACAGACACAUAAUAAAAGAUUGCCCUGCCCUGAAGAUCUUAGUCUAAAGAAGACAAGGGCUGGAAAAUGGGCAAUAUGAAACCAAGGAUAAACUAUUAAAGUUCACAUUUAGAGGUUUACUCUAAAGGAUCUUCUUGUAUCUGAAAAGGUGUUUUGGAGGGAGAGGCAUUCUAAAUAAGUGACAAAGAAUGAGCAGAAACCCCCCCUUUUUUUUAUUCAGUUAUAAAAUUGAGUUCCGUUAUUUUAAAUGUAUUUUUCCCCACAGAUAGUGGUUAAUAAGGAGAAAACCAUACGUUAGCAAUAUUUUUCAAAUGAAAA